AUGCUGGUCCCCAACUACAAGGCCAAUGGCCAGUCGGGCGGCCUGCGCAUCGGAAUCGGCAACGGGCUGCCCUACAGCCCUAGCUACGGCUCCCGGCGCUCCUUCCGCUUCAACUUGCGCAACAUCCUCCUCCUGAGCGCAUCCGCCUGCCUCCUACUGCUACUUUGGAACACGCGCUCCUCGACCUCAUCCUCCUCAGCCUCGCCGUACAGACCCGGCAAAGAGCUUCCGCGAUACUGGUCGGUCACGGGCAAGACGGACUUGGAGGGCGUCACGACGUGGGAGAAGCCCAAGGAUUUCAGGGUCGUCGGCUUGGUCUUCUUCGGGCGGCCGACCAGCGUGUCCAUCCUGGACUGCUAUUUGAAGCGGAACUUGGCGCGCAACGGCGGCUUCCUUGACGAGGUGAUUUGGCUGGCGCGAACGAGCGUGGAGGAGGACUUGCAGUGGUUGGACGCGCAGGUCGCGGCGGAACCGGCGUAUACGAGGCGGGACUUGGCGUUUGAGGGCAUCGACUAUGCGAGCGCGUAUGACAUGGCGGAGAAUGGGACCAUGUACAUCAAGAUGGACGACGAUCUGGUAUUCAUCGAGGACCACGCGAUCGCGACGCUCGUCCAGCAUAAGCUCGAGCACCCGGAGAACUUUGUCGUCGCGGCCAAUGUUGUCAACCAGCCCUCGCUCAGCUGGAUGCACUAUCGCUUCGACGCCAUCAAGCCGUACUUCCCCGAGCUGACGCCGCCGAACCCCGAGGAUGUUGCCAAGCAAGGCCGGUGGCGCGCGUCGGAGCUGCCGCAGUGGACCGGACCCGAGGAUUACCACAUUACAGAGGAAGAUAAACUCGAGCCGCCUUUCGAGGGACACCGGUGGCUGCCGCUGCCCGAGGACUAUCCGAUUGAGAAUACGCCGAUUGCGACGACGAGCUUUGACGCUUUCAGCCAAGCGUUAUGGCAUUGGCAAGUCGCGGCGCAGGAGCACUACAGCUUCUUCCACCAUCUGGAGAACAACGAUCUGUGGAGAUACAAAUUCCACACGUUGGACUACCACUUUAUGCGCAUGGGCAUUCAGAUGAUUGCCAUUUGGGGUGAGGACAUCAUUGAGAGCGACAUCCACAACGGCAACGGUGACGACGAGUACCAUUUCACCGAGGUCAUGACCAAGAGGACAGGUAGACACGCUGUUGUCGAUGGCCGCGCCAUCGUCUCGCAUUACACGUUCCUCCCGCAAAGAAGCGGCCUGGAAUCAACGGAUAUUCUUGAACGCUACAGAGCGUACGCAGAAGAGAACAUUUGCCCGGGCAAGCUGGCCUGGCCAAACAAAUUCGCCAAAUCUUCUACACCACAACCGCAGCAAUGA